AUGCCACCGAAAAAGAAGAAGGCAGGAAAGAAAACGUCCAAGACGAAAGAAGUUGGCGGAACGAAAGAACAGGAAUUGAAAAAACUAGAAUUGGAGAAUGAAAUGCUCAAAAUGGAAGUCGCCAGAAACAUUUCUCUCGCCAGAAAGGCCCAAGAUGAGCGGCAAAAGAUGGCUCAAGAACUGACGGAAGAGGAAACAAAGCAAGUGACGAAGCAAGAGUACCUGACCGAUGUCGCAGAGAGUUUCCAGCGCUCCUUGAAGCAAGAAACGCUAAAAAGAGUCACAGAAGAGGGAGAGUACCAAUCGCAGAUAAAUUCGUUGAUGCGAAGAAUCGAGCAUUUGGAGACGAAUCUUUCUGAGUCCAAAUCAGCCCACGAGCAAGCGAUGAACGAGAAAAACGAAAAGAUCAAAAACUUGACGACCAAAAUCGAAAGCUUGGAAGCAAACUACCAAAGUGUCCUUCACAAUGCCUUCAUGGACCUCUCGCACAAGAUUUCCGCCCUCAAAGUCGAGUGGGAAGACGACGGGCUCGACUAUCUCAAGAAAUAUGGCUCGCUUUUGCUCGAUUUCGGCCUCAGUCCGGCGGAGCUCAAGGCGCAGUAUUCUGAUCUCGACGAAUUUCAGCUCUAG